CUGUGCCUCCGAAGACAGAGGCAAAGGCCAAGGCACUGAAAGCCAAGAAGGCCGUCCUGAAGGGGGUCCACAGCCACAAGAAGAAGAAGAUCCGCACAUCGCCCACCUUCCGCAGGCCCAAGACCCUGCGACUGCGGCGGCAGCCCAAGUACCCACGGAAGAGUGCUCCACGGAGAAACAAGCUGGACCAUUAUGCCAUCAUCAAGUUCCCUUUGACCACAGAGUCGGCAAUGAAGAAGAUAGAGGAUAACAACACUCUGGUUUUCAUUGUCGAUGUCAAGGCAAACAAGCACCAGAUCAAACAGGCCGUCAAGAAGCUGUAUGACAUCGAUGUGGCCAAGGUUAACACAUUGAUUAGGCCUGAUGGGGAGAAGAAGGCUUAUGUCCGACUGGCUCCAGAUUACGAUGCACUGGAUGUAGCCAACAAGAUUGGGAUCAUCUAAACUGCAUCUACCAAGGACUGUACAGACAGGAUAAUAAACCCUGUGACACCA